AUGAGCCUCCUGGAAAUCAUCAAAAAGUGCGAUUCGGCACCAUACACGCCACUGACUGACUAUUACAUCUUCACUGCUCACGAAGGAACGCCUUUGGGAUACCUGACGCCUCUUGUGGUGGCUGAAUUGAAGAAGGAAACAGAUACGGUCUCGGUGGACGACCACAAGAAGACGGUGACGAUUCUGGCGCAAUUGGACACGAGUGAGAAGCGGUCCGAGGCAUUCGAGAAACUGGGAGACAAAUGGCGAGCACAAAAACUCUUUGAUGUACUGGAGGGUUGGAGAAACGAGAAAUAUGCCAUCUACAACCCCACUGGAACGGUCUACUUUCUCAUGGAGCGGGCUGUCACUGCCCUGUUUGGUGUGGUGACUUAUGGAGUACAUAUUGUCGGUUUUGUACCUGGAAAAACUGCCAAAGAUGCUCGGAUCUGGGUGCCCAAAAGGGCGCUUACUAAGCCCACUUGGCCCGGAUACCUGGACAACACAGUGGCAGGAGGAGUGGGAUACCCUGCCUCGUUGUGGGAGACUGCUGUCAAAGAAUGUGGAGAAGAAGCUGGUUUAGAGCCCUCUUAUGUCGAGCCUCGACUUUCUUCUACCGGUGUUGUUUCGUACCUCUACAGAGCCACUGAUGAUCUCAGUGACGAACUGUCUGUGAUCCAGCCUGAAGUGGAGUAUGUGAUGGAUCUGGAGAUGGACGAGGCGACCAUCCCUGCUCCUGCUGACGGUGAGGUCGAGAGCUUUGAGCUGCUGUCUGUGGAUCGGGUUCUGACGUUGAUCAAGGAAGGUAAGUUCAAGCCCAACACUGCGCUGAUUACGAUUGAUUUUCUGAUUCGACGGGGUGUUAUUGGAGUUGAGCAGCCUGGAUAUGUCGACAUUCUCUGCCAUUCCCACAGAAAGCUGCCUUUUCCUUUGCUCAAGUAG